AUGAUUCAGAAUUCCAUUAUGCACUACUCAGAGAUAUUCAUGGAGGCAUUCAGUCAGCUCUCUCACAUAGAAGAUAUCGAUUUUGAAUCAUAUAUAAAAUUAAUCAAUUCAUAUGAUUUCCAAAUCGACGAUUUAUAUAGUUUAAUCAAAAAUUUGAUUCUUUCACAUCCAUCAAAGAUUAAAUUAUUUACUCGAUUUUACGAAAAGCUCGAUAAUUUCUUGGAAAAUUUGCAUUAUGAAUUUAAUAAGUAUUAUAGUUCUGUAUGGUUUGCAAGAAUGAUAUUACUCAUCUAUUUAGAUGGAUUGUUAGAUUUAGAACAAUUAAUUGACUCAGAUAUUGAACCAGAAAAACUUAUUCUCGUUUUGCUUUUUCUUAGAGACUUUAUAAAUCCAACAGAUGAUAUUUAUUCCGACAUUACAUCAAUUCUUGAUAGUAAACCAAGCCCAGAUCGAAAAAGAGAAAUUAAAGCCAUGAGAAUUACAUUAGAUUUAAUGCAAAACGUAAAUGAAAGGAAAUACCUUAUACUAAAUGGCUACAAUGAUCAUACAAUUGCGGCUGCUAUUGCAAGAGAUGAUGUUGAUCUUCUUAUUGAAUUAUCAACAGAUCCUUCUUUCGAUGUUAAUGCUCAAAUAGGACCUUUAUUCUUCAUGACUAAUCCUACCACUCAAGAAAUAUCAUUAAUUCAAUUAGCAGCAAAGAAUAGCGCGAUUAAUUGCUUUAAAUUCUUAAUUUCCAACAAUGCGAAUCUUGAUAAGAUAGAAAAAUACAUAAUUCAAGGAGGAAACCUUGAAAUAUUCAGAAUCUUUGAAAAAACCUCAAAAUAUAACUUUCAAAAAAUUAUUGGACCAAUUUUGCAAAAUGGCUCUCCGGAGAUGAUCGAAUGGGUUUUAGAAAGAAUUGAUAUCAAUAAUGAUCAGAAUAAUCGUGAAAUUAUCGAUCAAAUUAGAUUUAUUUAUUUUCACAUGGAAGACACAAAAUAUCCGGCUCUCAAUGUACUUUUACAAUGGGCUGGCCAAUUAGGAGUUCAACUUGCCUUCGUAUUUGCUUCAGAUUCAAUAAAAUUUGGAAAAUUAUUAUUACUUGACAUUUCACUAAAUAUACUUGAUUAUGACUUACAGAUGAUCAAUUCAAUGAAUCCUCUGAUCGCAGCUGUAAAUACAAGGGAAUUCAAAAUUGUCAAAUUAUUAUUAGAAUCCAAAAAUUUUUUAAUCAACGAAACGGAUCCAAUAGGUGAGACUCCUUUAAUAAAAGCUAUUGUCAACGAGUCAAUUGAUAUUAUUGAUCUUUUAUUGAGUAUUCCUCAAAUUGACAUCAAUAAAAAGUCAAAAAAUGGUUCAACUCCUUUACACUUUGCUUGUAGAGUUGGAAAUCACGAUAUUGUUAAGAAAUUGCUUUCAUUAGAAAGUAUUAAAGCUGAUGAAUUAGAUAAUUAUAGAUCAACUCCUUUUCUCGAAGCUGUUGAACAAGGAAACCCUGAAAAUGUCAAAGAGUUUUGUCAGAGAAAAGAUGUAAACAUUUUCAGAAACACGAUUUAUGAUAAAUCUGCGCUUCAUAUUGCUGCAGAAGAAGGUAAUGAGAAAGUUGUUUCUUUAUUGUUAGAUUAUGGACUGUCGAAGGAUACUCUUAGCGGGUCUCAAAAGAAACCAUAUGAUGUAGCUCUUCCUAAUGUUAAACAUUUACUGUUAUAA